GGAGGCUCCGAGUUCUGAAGUCUGGAAUUCCGUCGAGUCGUGGUCGAGGAAGUGAAUUAAAAGGAAUAUUUUCUUUGACGACAUCCUUUGAAAGUUUUCCGUUUUUAGUCGAGGCCUUUCCUUGUUUUUCCCGAUUCGGGAAAAAUAGAAGGAGUGUUUUCUUUUCCAAGAGUGUGUAAUUUGGGCUAAGUUGGAGCUAGCGUUAGCUGCGUGCUGGGAAUGCAGGCCAUCAAGUGUGUGGUGGUGGGGGACGGGGCUGUUGGUAAAACAUGCCUGCUCAUCAGCUACACCACCAACGCAUUCCCUGGGGAGUAUAUCCCGACAGUCUUCGACAACUACUCUGCCAAUGUGAUGGUAGAUGGGAAACCCGUGAACCUGGGCCUGUGGGAUACAGCUGGACAGGAGGACUAUGACAGACUUAGACCACUGUCCUACCCACAGACGGAUGUUUUCUUAAUCUGUUUCUCUCUCGUGAGUCCGGCCUCCUUUGAAAACGUCCGCGCCAAGUGGUACCCUGAAGUGAGACACCACUGCCCCAACACGCCCAUCAUCCUGGUGGGAACCAAGUUGGAUCUGAGAGACGACAAGGACACCAUUGAAAAGCUAAAGGAGAAGAAGCUGGCCCCCAUCACCUACCCCCAGGGCCUCGCCAUGGCCAAAGAGAUCGGAGCUGUAAAGUACCUUGAGUGCUCAGCCUUGACACAGCGCGGCCUUAAGACGGUGUUUGACGAAGCCAUUAGGGCAGUUCUGUGCCCGCCGCCUGUCAAGAAGAGGAGGAAGAACAACUGCUCUCUUCUUUAAUUCCAGCAGGCGGAUGGUCUGAGCUCACCUGUUCAGAGGAGAGGAAGGUGGUGGUGGUGGUGAUGAUGGGAGACCCCUGCCCCUCCUCCAGGGAUUUCCAGUUGACUCAGUUUCUUAGGUGCUGACGUUGGCUCAGGUCUGAUAGAUGUAAACAACACAGAACUGGUUCGGAUGGACUUGUUUCUGUCUUGCUCACGUCUAACCCGGCCCGUGAGAUCCACUCGUUGUGAAUUAGGUAGGUCUGUGACGGGGUGGGGAGGGGGGUGAUUGGGGAUUUGGGGCUGGUGUCUAGAAGGAAGAGGAGGAUUCUAUGAAAGCAUAUGCAUCCAUAUGUCAUUUUUUUCUCUCUGGAAUUGUAAUAAGUACUACUUUGAUAUGAUUGACUUUAUCGUAUAUAACAACCCUAGCAUUAACUCUCGUCAACCGUAAAGAGACAGCGGUCCUGCUACACUCAUAACCCUACACUAAGAAAUUCCUGCUGCCUUUUAAAAAUCACUUUUCUUUCUCUUUUCCAAAUCAAACUAAUUGCUCCUUUUUCAGUUUCGUUUCCCUCUUCUUGAGCCCACUAUGUUUACACAUCUCCAUUGUCUAGACUUGAGGCAUUGCCAAAACCGGUCAGCACAUUGUAGUCACUUCGUCUACACUAAAAUGAUCACCGGCGGUGUUGCUUUCUCCCCGCUGCUUGUUCUGUCGUGUACUUAAUGUUUGACCAAGGUUUGUGAAGUUGGAGGAACAGUUUAAACUACGUGCGAAGAAGUUUUAAGCAAUUCAAACCAGUAGUGUUGCAGUAGCUGCUGAGUUUCCUAAUGGCUACCCGCUGAGGCUACCAGGACUUUAGAAACAGUCUGCUUGUUGAGGUGCAUCUUUCUCUCAUCUGCCGCUGCAGUCAGAACCCAGUAUAUAUACACUCAAACAUAUAGCACACUAGAUAUCACAUGCAUAAUGGCUCAUGUUAUUCCUAGGUAACUGAAAAGCUUUUAGAUGAGUCUGAACAUCUUUGUGCACAUUGCCUCCCAUCUCAUUCUGUAUUUGGAUUGUCAAAGGUAAAACCAUAGUAUUCUAAGAUUGUGUGUGUGUGUGUGUGUGUGUGUGUGUGUGUGUGUGUGUGUGUGUGUGUGUGUGAGUGAGAGAGAAAGCAAGCACAAUGAGGGUUGCUGGAGAAACCCCUUUGAAAGACGGGGGUUUCUGUUGGCUACUAACCAACGCUGUUGAUGUGUGUGUCUGUAGGCGACUUGCGACUGCCGUGUUGUCAGCCAGACAUCUUUUACACAUCCCUGUUAUGUGGUUGUGACGUUAGCGUAAAGAUGUCCACGUCGUCUGUCUCUGUAGAGAUUGGACUCAUUUGGUAGUUGUGGCCAUAUUCUUUUCCGGUUUCUUCCAGAACUGCCCCCAACAUGGAAGUUUAUAGAAAGACAUCAAGGCUUUUAGCUCAGUAUGUAUGAUGCUCUAACCGCUACCAUGACGCUAUCACGAUGCUAUCAUGAUGCUACCAUGAUGCUAGCACGAUGCUACCAUGACGCUAUCAAGAUGCUAUCAUGAUGCUACCACGACGCUAUCACGAUGCUACCAUGACGCUAUCACGAUGCUAGCACGACGCUACCAUGAUGCUAUUACGACGCUAUCAUGACGCUAUCAAGAUGCUAUCAUGAUGCUAACAUGACGCUAUCACGACGCUAUCAUGAUGCUGCCAUGACGCUAUCAUGAUGCUAUCACGACGCUAUCAAGAUGCUACCAUGACGCUAUCAUGACGCUAUCACGAUGCUACCAUGACGCUACCACGAUGCUAUCAUGACGCUACCAUGACGCUAUCACGAUGCUAUCAUGACGCUAUCACGAUGCUACCAUGACACUAUCACGAUGCUACCAUGACGCUACCACGAUGCUAUCACGAUGCUAUCAUGACGCUAUCAUGACGCUAUCAUGAUGCUACCAUGACGCUACCAUGACGCUAUGUAACCAUCUCACUUGUGACCCCCAUCUGUUACUGUAAGUCGAUAAGAAUUUGUAUUGGCAUUCAGAUGUUGCAACUGACUACAAUGUCUUCGUCUGUUAUACAACAUACUGAACUUAAGCAGUGACGAUUUUCGAAGUACAGAGUUCUUGUUUUUUAUUAUUUUGAAAUGAGCAGUGAUCAAAAUAAAUGGGUGGUCUGAGGAAGCAUUGUAACUGAUUCAUUUUAGCUGUGUUUCAAUGGCACAACAGAAGUACACACUUGAUUUUAUCUCCUUGCUAAAUGUAUUUUAUUUUUGACAUAAUAUAGUAGUAAUCUGCUGAAUUUUUUUAAAAAGCAAAUAAAAUUCAUUUAAAAUCA